AUGGCUGACAGUUCCACGUCCGCUUCAUCUUGGGCUCAACCCCCGAGGGAGGUAGCUCCGAGGAAUCGUCGGAUCGAGGCUUUGUUUCGUAGGGAGCAACGUGAGCAGAUCUUGGCACUGCCAGGUCACGCUUUAGAUGCCGGACCCCCAGAGUCCCACUUCAGUCCAGCGGGUUCCGAGCUGAGAGGAGAGACAGAGAGAGAAUUACAGAGACUGAGAGAUGACAAAGCUCGACUGGAGAGCCAACUCACACAGGCUCAAGAACAGAUGGCAGUGUUGUCAGAGUCUCAGAGAUCAGGAUUGACCCAAGAGGCCUGGAAUGAUAUUAAAAAACAGCUCACAGAAAUGACAAACACCACACAGGAUGCUCAAGAGCGAGAGCGCACCCAGCUCAUCACCAGGGCGACUGUUGCCGAGGAGCAGUUGUCUGAGUUGAAGGAGUAUGUGGACAACCACCUGGGCAGGUACAAGCUGGAGAUAACGCUUCUGCGCAGACGUCUGGGAUCAAACAGCGCAGGAGUCUGUAAGCCCCGCCCUCUCCAUACAUCAAUCAAAAACAGCAGUUAUGAGAUAUAGUGCAAUGUGGUACAUAAGUCCCGCCCCUUUACCAAUCAAAACGACAACAUAUUAUAAAAUAUUAUAACAACAAAUAUAUGAUAAAUCAAUACAUUUUAUUCUGAUGAUACUUAAUAAACAGACAAUAUGUAAGAUCAUGUAAAUGUGUUAAGGUUGAUUUUGUUCUUCAUUUUGGGGGACAGGUCUUUUUUUUUAACACAACCUGUGGUGUCAAUAUUGUAAAAAGUGUAAUGCAAAUAAGUUGAAUGAAUAAAUGUAUGGUGAAACUUGAUCGACAUGUCU